AUCAUGUGGAAGUACACGGUAUUGUUGGUGGCGUUCGGUGUGUUUCUGUACAACAGUCAUGAAACGUACGGUCAAAUCUUCGGAUACGAGCCGAACGUUGACUAUCCUGCGUACGAUAAGAUCCCGUCCGGGUUAACGUUCCGGUGUGCGGAUCGGCAGCCCGGCUACUAUGCGGACAUUGAGGCGCGCUGCCAGGUGUGGCACUGGUGCUUACCGACCGGCUACAUGUUUUCCUUCCUCUGCCCGAACGGGACCGUCUUCAACCAAGCAUACCGCGUGUGUGACUGGUGGACAAACGUAAACUGUCCGGAGUCGGAAACAAUGUACAGCAUCAACGACGAUCUGUACCGAGAUGAUGCAGGAAAUCUGAUCGUUGGUUAG